AAGCCUUACCGAAUGGCGUUCUAACCAUUCUAACUAACCUGCUGCACAGUAAUUAAUGGCGGACCAGUAGUAGUGUAGUGCGUAUUGUACGAUAGGCACAGAUGUAUUAUUUCUAGAAAUGUUGAGUGCGCCAACGAUUGAAUGAAAAUUAUUUUCAUGCAGUUUAUUGCAACGAAGAUUUUCUAGCAUGCUGCGCAAACAAAUGGAUAAAAUGUGCAAGCCCCGUCAUUUUGAAAAAUAAAAGUUUGCUUGUGUGCAGUGCAUACAGUGUAGCCUGCUCCUAAAUAUUUUAUCAAUUUAUACUGCACUGCAAAAGGUCUUUGAAGAAAGUCGAAGCAGAAAAAUUAUCACUCUUGGCCGAGUGAAAUUCGUGACGGGAUAUGGGGGACGCAGCGAUGGGCGUCGUGACGCCCGGGGACGGUCAGCAGGUCGUCAAGGAGGGCUGGCUUCAAAAACGCGGUGAACACAUAAAGAACUGGAGAUCUCGAUACUUUGUUCUUCGAGAUGACGGAACACUGGUUGGAUUCAAAACUAAACCAGACCAGCAAGUUGCCACAGCAGCACAGCCACUGAAUAAUUUUACAGUUCGCGGCUGUCAAAUAAUGUCUGUUGACAGGCCUAAGCCAUUCACAUUUGUUAUUAGAGGCCUGCAAUGGACCACAGUUAUCGAACGAACGUUUCACGUCGAUACUGAACAAGAAAGAGAGGCUUGGGUUGCAGCUAUCAGAUACGUGGCAGCCAGGCUAGCUAGUCAGGACCAAUUAGAGCAAGUGAUGCAGCCAUCCACCUCGUCGGAAGAUGUAGAUAUGGAGUUGUCGGGUGGUGCACGAUCUGAUUCCUGUGGUUCUCUAGGAGUUGUAUCAGGAGACAGUGACGGCGGUAGUAUUGACGAAUUAUCGGCAAAAUUCAGUGUACAGGGUACAUCGAGCAGUAAAAGUACUGGAAAAAAGAAAGUGACCCUGGAAAACUUUGAAUUUUUGAAAGUGUUGGGUAAAGGAACAUUUGGCAAGGUGAUUUUGUGCCGUGAGAAAGCAACCGGUCACUUAUACGCUAUAAAAAUAUUACGAAAGGAAGUAAUAAUCCGCAAAGACGAAGUCGCACAUACACUUACAGAAAAUCGUGUUCUCCGCACGACCAGUCAUCCUUUUUUAAUCUCCCUCAAGUACAGCUUCCAAACAGCUGACAGGCUGUGUUUUGUUAUGGAAUAUGUCAAUGGCGGCGAACUAUUCUUCCACCUCAGUCGGUCCAGAUUAUUUGGAGAGGAUCGUACACGCUUUUAUGGGGCAGAAAUUAUAUCUGCGCUAGGAUAUUUGCAUCACCAGGGUAUUAUCUACCGUGAUUUAAAAUUGGAAAACCUUCUGCUCGAUAAAGAUGGACACAUAAAAAUAGCAGACUUUGGACUGUGCAAAGAAGAUAUUACAUAUGGGAGGACUACAAAGACAUUUUGCGGAACGCCGGAGUACCUAGCUCCAGAAGUACUUGAAGACAAUGACUAUGGCAGAGCCGUAGAUUGGUGGGGGGUCGGAGUUGUUAUGUACGAAAUGAUGUGCGGCCGAUUACCAUUUUACAACAGAGACCAUGAAAAACUAUUCACGCUCAUUAUUAUGGAGGAAGUUAAAUUUCCAAGAGCCAUCAGUAACGAGGCUAAAGAUAUGCUCGGUGGUUUAUUGAUAAAGGAUCCUAGCAGAAGAUUGGGAGGUGGUCCAAAUGAUGCAAAGGAUAUCAUGAAUCAUGCCUUUUUCUCACCAAUUGACUGGUCGGACUUGGAGCAAAAGAAAAUUCCACCACCUUUCAAGCCACAAGUAACAUCGGAAACGGACACUCGGUAUUUCGACAGCGAAUUCACUGGAGAAAGUGUCGAACUAACGCCUCCGGAUCAAGGAUGCUUGGGAAGUGGAGGUGGUUUGAAUUCAAUUGCGGAAGAACAAGAACACUUUCCUCAAUUUUCAUAUCAGGAAAGUCAUUCAGCAGCUACGUCAUCGAUAGUUUCCAUCAAUCGCUGACCCUAUACUAUGCAUGGAGUCUUCUUCAAACUUCUCAACGUUAAGUAUGGUGAUUCGGUGCUCUGUAGCCUCUGAUUUUUUUUCCUUCAGAGUAUAUAUAGGUACUAUUGAGCUAUUCCUUAAAUGAAAUGCAAUCCAUCUCCUGAUUCAUGAUUCUACAUUCAAAAUAUAAAUAUAUGAAAUACAAGAGAAAAAAAAAGAAACUAUUUAUAAUAGUAGAAUGAGGGGAAUUGCAGAUUGCUGACUCACCUGAGAUUGAACGUGAAUCCGAAUAUGUCCUAAUCAUGUACGGAAUUAUUCCGGGACAUCAAUAAUUGUAUAAAAUUACCUGCAAAAAAGCCUUUUUCAAUAGCAUGGGUUAUUCAUGAUUAAUGCCUAGUAAUAAAUAUCUUAUUACCACGUCAUGAGGUUUUAGGUGAGUGAAAAAAAAAAUAACUAAUCCACAAAAGUUACGAUUAACACUCAUCCGAAGUAUUUAUUGAAAUUUUUUAUUCUGCUAUAAAUCGCAAAUUGUAUCUUGAAGAGAAAAAAUGUUGAAAAUUUACGGAAACGUCAGUUUCGCUUUGAUAUUAUAUACAUGUAUACAUUUUUUUUUCUCUCACCCUGUUAUAAUAAAUUGAAUACUGAUUAAUUAAAAAAUAAUAAUAAUGAUAAAAAAAUGAAAGAUAAACCUUUACAAAGAAAAAAGAAAAAUGAAAAAAGCAAAAAAAAAAAACGAAUGAAAACAAAUAACAUUAUGCCAAUAGGAAAUUAUAAUUAUACACUAUAAUAACUAUAUUAUUAUAUAUACAUAUAUUUAUGUUUUAACAAUUAAACGAUCAUACAGUA